AUGACCACGCCAAGCCACGCCCUCAAUGUCACUGCCAACUGGCACUUCUCCUGCAUAUACUUUGACACCAAACCUUUGCAAGUGCUGUCUGCAGCGACCAGCUCUGGACAACAGUCAGAUAAACCAAAGGCUGUGCUGACCCUGGAGCCCCCGGGUGGAGAGAUAUUCACAGGAGACAGAGUUACCCUGAGCUGUGGGGUUGGGGGAGACCCUGCUGGCUGGAAGUAUCUCUGGUUCAAAGACAGACAAGGAACAGCACUGCCCCAGACUGACAGCAGCAGUGUAGAGGGGUCCAGCUACACAAUCAGCGCUGCUGCUCUGUCCCACAGUGGAGAGUACCGGUGCAUAGCUCAAAGGAGAAAUGGACUGCUUUACUCAGAGUACAGUGAUCCCAUCCAGCUAAUAGUAUCUGCUGAAACUCGUCCAAAAGCUGUUCUGACCCUGGAGACUGGAGGGACCGAGGUAUUAGUUACACAAAGUGUGACACUGCGAUGUGGGGUUCAAGGGAGCUCUGCUGAGUGGAGCUAUGCAUGGUACAGAGAUGGGAAUGAACUGUCUGAAUACAAGACUUACUCGAGCAGUAGACAUGGUGACAGAUACACAAUCAACUCUGCAGAUGAGUCACACAGCGGGGAAUAUACCUGUAAAGGUGAAAGGACGGCUAAACCAUUUUACUCCAGAACCAGUGAUCCUCUGACACUGAAAGUUUCCAAUAAACCAAAGGCUGUGCUGACCCUGGAGCCCCCGGGUGGAGAGAUAUUCACAGGAGACAGAGUUACCCUGAGCUGUGGGGUUGGGGGAGACCCUGCUGGCUGGAAGUAUCUCUGGUUCAAAGACAGACAAGGAACAGCACUGCCCCAGACUGACAGCAGCAGUGUAGAGGGGUCCAGCUACACAAUCAACUCUGCUGCUCCGUCCCACAGUGGAGAGUACCGGUGCAUAACUCAAAGGAGAAAUGGACUGCUUUACUCAGAGUACAGUGAUCCCAUCCAGCUAAUAGUAUCUGAUAAACCAAAGGCUGUGCUGACCCUGGAGCCCCCAGGUGGAGAGAUAUUCACAGGAGACAGAGUUACCCUGAGCUGUAGGAUUGGGGGAGACCCUGCUGGCUGGAAGUAUCUCUGGUUCAAAGACAGACAAGGAACAGCACUGCCUCAGACUGACAGCAGCAGUGUAGAGGGGUCCAGCUACACAAUCAGCUCUGCUGCUCUGUCCCACAGUGGAGAGUACUGGUGUCGAGCUGGGAGGGGGAAUGGACUGUUUUACUCAGAGUACAGUGACUCUGUCAUGCUAAAAGUAGCCACUCGACCAAAUGCUGUGCUGACCCUGGAGACUGGAGGGACUGAGGUAUUUGCUACAGAAAGUGUGACACUGCGAUGUGGGGUUCAAGGGAGCUCUGCUGAGUGGCUCUAUGCAUGGUACAGAGAUGGGAAUGAACUGUCUGAAUACAAGACUUACUCGAGCAGUAGACAUGGUGAUAGAUACACAAUUGACUCUGCAGAUGAGUCACACAGCGGGGAAUAUACCUGUAAAGGUGAAAGGAUGACUAAACCAUUUUACUCCAGAACCAGCAGAACCAGUGAUCCUCUGACACUGAAAGUUUCCAAUAAACCAAAGGCUGUGCUGACCCUGGAGCCCCCGGGUGGAGAGAUAUUCACAGGAGACAGAGUUACCCUGAGCUGUGGGGUUGGGGGAGACCCUGCUGGCUGGAAGUAUCUCUGGUAUAAAGACAGACAAGGAACAGCACUGCCCCAGACUGACAGCAGCAGUGUAGAGGGGUCCAGCUACACAAUCAGCUCUGCUGCUCUGUCCCACAGUGGAGAGUACCGGUGUCGAGCUGGGAGGGAGAAUGGACUGUUUUACUCGGAGUACAGUGACUCUGUUAGAUUUAAUGUUUCUGCUGUACCAAUAUCUGUGCUGACCCUGGAGACUGGAGAGACUGAGAUAUUUGCUACAGAAAGUGUGACAUUGAGAUGUGAGGUUCAAGGGAGCUCUGCUGAGUGGAAUUAUACGUGGUACAGAGAUGGGAAUGAACGUCCUGUACACAAGACUUACUCCAGCAGUAGACAUGGUGACAGAUACACAAUUAAUUCUGCAGAUGAGUCACACAGUGGGGAAUAUACCUGUAAAGGUGAAAAGUCUAAUGAGUUUUACUCCAAUUCUAGCAAUCCACGCAUUCUGAAAGUUUCUGCUCAACCAAAAGCUGUUCUGACUGUGGAAAUGGGUUGGAUUAAGAUAUUCAUUUCAGAAAGUAUGACACUGAGAUGUGAGGUUCAAGGGCGUGUUAAUGAGUGGAACUAUACAUGGUACAGGGAUGGAAUUCAUUGCAACAACACUGGAUACCGUGAAAGGUACACAGUAUACUCCAAAAAUGAGUCAUACAGCAGACAAUAUACCUGUAAAGGUGAAAGGACUCCUAAACCACUUUCCUCCAUUACCAGCGACCCUCUUGUCCCGAAAGAUUUUGUUCUGAAGUGGCAGCUCAUUGUGGGGGCUCCCGGUGUCACUGCUCUGCUCGUUCUUCUUGUUGGCUUGGUGCUGUUGUGCCGGAGAAUCUGCAGAAAACCAGAUAACCACAAGCAGGCUCAUGGUGAGAUGUUUCACUCAAUGGUCAACCUGAAAGACAGAAAAUCAGCCAAUCCUGUUCCAGAAGAUGCUGUUUAUGACACCAUCAGCUUAGCAAUGGAAACACAAUGUGACCCAACAGAAGCUAACAGUGAUGAGUUUUAUUAUACUUUCAAAUAAAGAAGAAACCUCAAGGGCAAUGAAUACAGUUUAAAUCAAUUGCAUGAUUUAAUCAGAGCAUAUUUAACAGCAUUGGUGAGCGAGCUCACAUCAUCCAGCCACAAUGUACAGGACUAUCUCAAGAACACAGACCCAGUUUACUUGUGCCAUUUACAACAGAAAUGCUAGAUCUGCAAA